AUGAAGGCCCAGGGAUCUGAAACCUCUUUCUACCCACCAAAGAAGGUUCCGAAAGGGACGGAAAUUUGUCAUGAUGGACUGCCUUUCGGCGCUUUCUACAAAAAUAUGCUCAAAAGGGUCUACAUUUGGACAGUCGUGCUCGCCCUCAUCGUUAUGAUUGUUGCGGCUGAAGACGGCCAACAACAAGCGCCCGAAAAACGACCAGCUCUUCUUUCGCGAUACGGCCGUGCUGUACUCCCACGUUAUGGAAAGCGGUCAUCAAUGCCUGUUCCUGCCGACAUGACCGAUUACAACGAUGAAAUGUUCUGCCAAACCAUCGAGGGAAAACUUUUCUGUGUGCCGCUCAAUGCUCUCAAAACCCGACCGUUCUCUUAUUAA